AUGCUGGAAAUAAAGCAUGCCAAGGAUCGGCUUGGUCACGUUCCGUGUCGAAGCGUUGCUUCCCGGUUUCUUGUUGCUCGGCACUGUUUUUUUUUCGCGUAUUCUCUUAUGUUUUUUUUUCGUUUUUAAAAAAUCCUUGUUUCCUGUUCCAAACUCUUCCUCAUUUUUUGAAAAUCUCUAAGCCUCCGUGUAAUGACUAAUUCUAAAUUAAAUUUUACCUAGGAGGCUUUUUAAAAAACCUAAAGAAAUUUUUAAAACUCUCUUCAUAUUUAAAAUUGCACGUUGUGAUAUAUUGUCAAACGAGCUUUUGGAGUUUUUAGUUGUCGAAAAGAAGUUACAUUUGAACAGUCAUGCUGAUAAUACCUGAGCUUUUCGGAUUAGGAUAUCAAAAUAAGACAUUCUGAAAGUGCGAUUCUUCUGAUUAGAAAAGCUUAUAAAGAUCAUGAUUCUGAUCCACAGAUUCGACGAGGCUUUUGGUGUGAAAAAAAAACGUUAUGAACGUUUAUUUCAUCCCAUUUUGUUUAGAAGCAUUCUCACAUUUUUCAGCGGGCUGUCACGCAAAGUUUUUGGAGCAAUUGAGGCGGAGGGUGCGCCUAUGGCUCAGGUCGACUAUGUGGCUCACGUUAUUGUUAUGCCGAUCGUCCUUUCUAUAGGUAAACUGAUAGUUAUUUUAUGUAAUAAACAAUGGGAAAAGUUUCAAGCUACAUAAUUUUUGGAAUAACGAAGCGGUUUUUCAGGAAUGGUUAAUCAGUGUCUAAACGUGUGUACUUUGCUGCAACUUCCUACUGGUUGCUUUCUGUACCUCAAGGCCUCUGCCAUCGCGGAUAUUUUUAGUAUAAUAUCCUUGGUCCCUUUCCUUUUGAGACACGCUAGUUUGAUAGACCCGAGGUGGAGAUUCGGCAUGUUAUAUCAUGCUCAUGUUGAACUGCCACUUAUAAAUGCAUUGAUUUGUUGCAGGUAAUCAAAAUUUUGAUUAUUCUCAAGAGAAGUUCAAUUUCAGUGCUUUGAACAUUGUCGCAAUGACGGUGGAUCGAUACCUUUCAGUAUGUCACCCUAUCAAAUUUUUCCACGCCUCCGACUCACGGGCUCGCACGAUUUGCGUCAUUUUCUCGCUAUAUUUAACGGCUUUCCUGAUUUACAUCCCAUCAAUGUGGCAAAAAAAGCUCGAACAUGUUUCUCACGACAAUCUGGAGUUUGUUCAUUGAAUUUGUGGAUUUGAAUAUUGGGUUAUUUGAAGACCGACGUGGAACGUGACGCGAAAUAAAGAAGUGGAAGAAAACUUCUGGUUUCAGGCUUACUUGAUUUUCCGCGAGGUAAAAACUCUUGGUUGCAGAAACAGAGAUUCGCACCAAAAAUCUCAAAGUAGUUGAUACAAAAUGACGAAAAAUUUGGAGUAUGUGAUCGAUUAUUGCCUCACUACAAAAAAGUGGAUUAUGAAACCCUUUUUUAUUUCAGCGAUUAAACUUUUCUUAACCUUCAAGACGCAGAAAAAUUCGUAAUACCCAGUUCUUAUCACCAGAGUUAACUUUUCUUCAUUUGAUAACUGAUUGUGAUUUAAUGAGAAAUAUUGUAUUUCCCGUUUAGAAAGAAACCCACACAGUUUAGGAAAAUAUCCUUUUUCAUUUACACCAAUCUAAAAAAAUCCAAGAAAGAACUGAUUAAGAUUGUUUCUCGUUGGGGUCCAGUCAUAAUACUCGUCAUCUUGAACGCAGCAAUGAUCAGAAGCCUCCGACGGAUGGAGAAGAGACAAUCGAAAUGGGGACGUUCUUCACGGACGAGUCGCACGACCAAGCUCUCAGGGUCGGCUGAAGUCAUUAGACCGGCAUUGUGGGAAUCUUUCAGGAGGUCCGUGCGAAGCGUCCGAGAGGAUCGCGGCCGUAUUUCGGCUCUACUUCUCGUCACCUCGACCACUUUCGUCAUUUGCAACCUCCCAGCUUCUUUCUUGUCAUUAUUCAUCAAGUGAGAAUGGAAGAAUCCCCUUCUUGUUUAAGCUUCGAACUUUAAAAAGGCUCUUAUCUGUCCGAAUUUUUUUUAAUUUACCAUAAAAAGAAAACUUCAAUUUCAAAACCUGAUAUUUUGAUUGAUCUAGUUCAAAUUAGCAUGAAUAUUUUGAUUUUUUUAUUGGAAUUUGAGUUCAGAAACUUGGUCAACGAAUCAAUGUUUUGGCAGACGUUUCGAGCUAUCGCAAAUUUACUGCAAGUCACCAGGUUCGCAGAUCAAAAAGAAGCAUUUCCACUUGCUUAUUUCAGUUACCUUUAUAACUUCUAUCUGUACGCCUUGUGUUCAUCCGAAUACCGGGAAGCGUUCUUACAACUAGUCGGAUGCAAAAAAAUAAGCUCACCUUUUUCCACGGGCGAUUCUCCCACUGUCCGGCUUUCUGUCAACGCGAGGAGAGGGCAAAUACAGUUAGUUAUCUUGGAAUCUUGCGUUUUUUUUAACGGCGAUUGUUUUUGUAAAAUUUCAAAGCAAUUAUUUUCAGAACUCUAGUGGAGAAGGGUCCCACGCAUCCGAAGGCGGCAAGAGUGGCUUCCAGUAACAUAUGA